GUUUUCAUUUUUACUUCAGAAUAAUAUGGCCGACAUGUCAAAGCUGCCAAUUGUGGCAGGUUUAUUUUUGUUUGUUUUCCUCACUUGGAGGGAUCUUUCAGGAACAGAACAAACAUCUCAUGUACAGAAAGACAUAAAGGCUCCAAAACUUGCCCAAUUUGCCACACCGACAAUCAAAUUUUUAUACUGUUAUUCCUGAGGGUACCGAAAAGUCUUUGAGCAGUAUGCACAUGUGCUGCAUGAGAAGUUUCCGCAGUUUAGUGUAGAAGGAGACAAUUACCCUCCUCCACCAAUGCGUCAGCUUCUUGCUCAAGGACUGAGUAUUCUUAAAAUUGUCAUCAUCGCUGUGGUCGUCCUAGGCCAAAACCCAUUCCCUUCUCUCAACAUGGACACUCCAAGUAUCUUCACAUGGGCUGUGGAGAACAAAUUCUAUGCUUGUUUGAUGAUUUUCUUUAUCAGCAAUGCUAUUGAAGGACAACUUAUAUCCACAGGGGCCUUUGAAAUAUCUUUUAAUGAUGUGCCAGUUUGGUCAAAGUUAGAAACUGGUAGAAUACCAAAUGCAGGAGAAAUGUUUCAAAUAAUUGAAAACCAUAUGCGAUUUGGUGACCAUGCGGGUAAAACCUAGCCAGAUUUCCACAGUCCACUAUCAUCCAUACAGCCUCAUUGUGUCUUUCAUCUUGAUGAGAAAUAAUCUCCCUUGAUUUGACUAGAGUAACUUCCCCUUGUAUCAACAGAUGACGUUCCUUGAGAUACUGGUGAAUGAUGGCGUUUGUUUAAAGCUACUCUGUGUAGCUAACACUCGCUUGAUGUAUAUAUCAGAUAAUCUUCUGGGAUGCUGUUUCCGCGAUGAAGGAGUUGUGUUUCUUGACUGAUCCUGGGAUGAUGUGUGUUCAUAACUUCAUUUUAAAAUGCAUUUUAUAAAAUAUCAUGUGUGUGUAAAAGAACGUUGUUGAUUUUUGCCAGUAGCAUUGUUAUGUGUGGCAUUUUAUCCACAUUUUCUGCAAAGACAGAUUUGAAAACUUUAUUGUAUAUACAUGUACAUGUUUGUUGUAAUUAUUUGUAUGUGUUGUGCCUGAAAUGUUCAUUAAGUACAUGUAGAAUGUUGUGUAAUGGAAGGUCCUGUAAAACAAACAUAUUUCUUGAUUAAAUAUUCCAAUUUAAUUUCAAAAUUUAUAUGAAAAUUUGAACACACAUUUCUUCUAUGCAGUAGAAAGUGUGUAUUUAAUAAUUAUUAUUGUGAAAAUCUUUUUUUGGAGCUCAGCAGCUUACAAAGUGCAUUCUGAUACAGUACUCUUUCUAUCCAAGUAAAGUUUUGAAAAUUAAGGAGGUUCAUGUAGGUGUGUUUAUAAA